GUCCCACCAGAGCCACCGCCGCAAUCCCCAAGCUACGCCUGCUUCCCGCCCCUGUGUUUGCACACUUCGUAGCCUCGGCCGGGUGCACCCUUCCAGUUUCAUUUCCUAGGAAGUUUCUCUUUCCGGCCGGAGGCUGUUCUCAGGCCUUCUUUGGGUCCAUCUCCCACAUCACCGCGCGGUAAGGACUCUCAGAACUACUCAGCACACCGAUUUACACAUAGAACUAGUAAUGGCUGCCACCAGCUGGGCCAAAACGAGGAUGCACGGGAGGGCGCGGGGCCCGAGCCCUCUACCGAGCGUGUCCCCUCAGGGCCACCGUCCACAGUCCUGCUUCCGCCUGGUCUUAAAACGCUUGCCCCCUCCCCGUGGUUGCGUCACAGAGGGCAGGUUCUAACCAAGUUCGCGGCGUCUAUUGGCUCCCCGCGGUGACGGGAGGCGGGGCGAAGCAUCAGCGUGACGUCAAGACGCCGCGGUCCGGACGUCGAAACUUAAAGACAGGAGCCAGCCAGGUCGAGGGCAGUCGCGGAGCCCUGUUGCCGUCGCCUGGAGCCGCCGCUGAUGAGUCCCGGGGUCGUACGGCCGAGACAGUGAAAAAGCAUUCUGGCUCCCGAGGUCCACCCCUUACACCCCAGGGUGCAGAUGGCGGCCAACGUGGGUGAUCAGCGCAGCACAGAUUGGUCCUCUCAGUACAGCAUGGCGGCCGGGGUGGGCAGAGAGAGCGGCAUGGAGACCCCCAUGCACGAGAACCCGGAGUGGGAGAAGGCCCGCCAGGCCCUGGCCAGCAUCAGCAAAGCGGGAGCCGCCGGCAGCUCCGCCAAGGCCAGCAGCAAUGGGCCUGUGGCCAGUGCACAGUAUGUGUCGCAGGCAGAGGCCUCGGCCCUGCAGCAGCAGCAGUACUACCAGUGGUACCAGCAGUACAACUACACCUACCCCUACAGCUACUACUACCCGGUGAGCGUGUACCAGAGCUACGGCUCCCCCUCCCAGUACAGCAUGGCCAGCUCCUAUGGCUCAGCCGCGCCGCAGCACCAAGGGCCUCUGAGCCAGGUGCCCGGCUCCGAGGGGCGGGGCCAGCUGACCCCAGCUUUUCCUGCCCUCACAGCAGCCCCUGGGACUGGGGGACUCAAGUUCAACAUCCAGAAACGGCCCUUUCCCGUCACUAACCAGAACUUCAGCUCCACCACAGAGGGCCAGCACAGCGGCUUCGGCCCCCAGCCCAACCCCGAGAAAGCCCAAAACCACAGGGGGAACCUGUCUGGGAAGCCGGACGACUGGCCACAGGACAUGAAGGAGUACGUGGAGCGCUGCUUCACGGCCUGCGAGUCGGAGGAGGACAAGGACCGCACUGAGAAGCUGCUCAAGGAGGUGCUGCAAGCGCGGCUACAGGACGGCUCGGCCUACACCAUCGACUGGAGCCGCGAGCCCCUGCCCGGGCUGACUCGGGAGCCUGUGGCCGAGAGCCCAAAGAAGAAGCGGUGGGAGGCGCCCAGCACCCUCCACCCUCCCCGGGGGGCAGCCUCCGCGACCAGGGGUGGGGGUGCCCAGUCCCAGCGAGGGACACCGGGGGCUGGAGGUGCCGGCCGAGCCCGGGGCAGCAGCUUCGCCAAGUUCGGCAACCGCAACGUCUUCAUGAAGGACCACAGCUCCUCCUCCAGCACCGACUCCCGCUCCCGCUCCUCCUCCCGCUCCCCCACCCGCCACUUCCGCCGCAGCGACUCGCACUCGGAUUCCGAGAGUUCCUGCUCAGGCAACGAGUGUCACCCUGUGGGCCGCAGGAACCCACCCCCGAAGGGCCGGGGAGGCCGGGGGGCCCACAUGGACCGGGGCCGGGGCCGGGCACAGCGGGGCAAGAGGCACGACCUGGGGCCCACCAAGCGCAGCCGCAAGAAGCUGGCGGCCCUGGAGUGCGAGGAGCCGGAGCGCGAGCUGAAGAAACAGAAGCGGGCGGCGCGCUUCCAGCACGGACACUCGCGCCGCCUGCGCCUGGAGCCCCUGGUGCUGCAGGUAGGCAGCCUGGAGGGCGGCGCGGCCGACCCCGACUGGCAGGAGCUGCAGAUCGUGGGCACCUGCCUGGACGUCACCAAGCACUACCUGCGCCUCACCUGUGCUCCCGACCCGUCCACCGUGCGCCCGGUGCCGGUUCUGAAGAAGUCGCUGUGCAUGGUCAAGUCCCACUGGAAGGAGAAGCAGGACUACGCCUUUGCCUGCGAACAGAUGAAGUCCAUCCGGCAGGACCUCACGGUGCAGGGUGUGCGCACGGAGUUCACGGUGGAGGUGUACGAGACCCAUGCGCGCAUUGCCCUGGAGAAGGCGGACCACGAAGAGUUCAACCAGUGCCAGACGCAGCUCAAGUCACUGUACGCCGAGAACCUGCCGGGCAACGUGGGCGAGUUCACGGCCUACCGCAUCCUCUAUUACAUCUUCACUAAGAACUCGGGAGACAUCACCACGGAGCUGGCGUACCUGACCCGGGAGUUGAAGGCGGACCCUUGCGUGGCCCACGCGCUGGCGCUCAGGGCCGCCUGGGCUCUGGGCAACUACCACCGCUUCUUCCGGCUCUACGCUCAUGCGCCCUGCAUGUCCGGCUACCUCGUGGACAAGUUUGCAGACCGGGAGCGCAAGGCUGCGCUCAAGGCAAUGAUCAAAACCUUCCGCCCAGCGCUGCCCAUCUCCUACCUGCAGGCCGAGCUGGCCUUCGAGGGCGAGGCCGCCUGCCGGGCCUUCUUGGAGCCCCUGGGCCUGGCCUACACGGGCCCGGACAACUCCAGCAUCGACUGCCGCCUCAGCUUGGCGCAGCUGCCGGCCUUCUGAGCACCAGCGCCGCGGGGGCGGGGGGCCGGGCUGCAGAUCUUGUCUUUGAGCCAUGGACUUGGGGUGUAAAUUAAUUCGUGGGGAGAGGGCUCCAGGAAGAGCCCUCGUCCCUGCCCCCGUUUUCCCACCGGGGAGUCUGUACAGAGAUUUUUCUACGUUUUUAUUUUUGGCCUCAGAGGGUCGGGCUGGGGAAGGAGGGGGUGGGCAGUGGAGGGCCGGGGGCAUGGUCUGUAGGCUGGUCUGUCCGUCUGGCCCUCCACUAAUGCUGUCUCAGUGUUUUUUCUCUCUCUCUCUCGAGCUCGUACUCCGGUACCAACCCAGCACCCUGGCCCGUCCCAUGCCGGGGGGCAGGGCAAGAAGACAGGCCGCUCCGCCCGCGCCCGCCCACGUCGGGGGCACGCCCGCCUCCCGCCGCCCGCUCGCCGCUCCACAGACUCUUGUUGCCAGCCCUCCGGGGCCUCAGUUUUUGGGGCGAGGGGAGCCUCGUAGAGACUGUGCCCUGCCCUCGGCCCCCGAGCCCAGAAGAAGCCGCCGCCGCCGCACUGAGGACUCCGGAGGCCACCGCGGGACCUCGCCGGCCGGGCCGCCUCGUCUGCAGUUGUAUUGAGUUGUCUCCGUGUCCCCCUCCCCCGUGUCUCCCCUGCCCCGUCCUCCCCCUCCUCGCACUCUUCCCUCGGUUCAGCACAGGUAAAGCGGUUACCCUCCCUCCCCGCCUCAUGGAUCACCAGCUCACGUCAUGUUUCCUUCUCUUUUCUUUUUGUGUGUGUUUAUUUAAGUUAUUUUUCUUCCUCCCCUUUUCUUUUCCGUCUCCCUCCCUCUUCUGCCAUGUAACUGGAGGGCGUGAUGAGUUGCGAACAGCUGGACUGUCAGGCUGCUUCUCUUGCAGAUGUCCUCCUCUGCCUCCCUCUCCCCUCCCCCCCUUUCCUUCCUUCAUUCUUUCCUUGGAGCGCUGAGCACCACUUGGAAGCUUGAGAGAAACCAAAAUUAAAGAGAGAGAGAGAGAGAA